AAUGAUCACGGACGUUCAGCUGGCAAUUUUCUCCAACAUUCUUGGAGUUACACUCUUUUUCUUAGUGUUUAUCUUCCACUAUAUAAAUGCUAAUUACUCCAAAUGAGGAAUGGAUUCCGUGACAUCAAUGGAACAAAACAACAUUGAGAAUUUGUCGAUCUUUGACAGGUUCUUUUAUUUCUAAGUUAUGUUACAAUUAAAUUUUUAAUAAAAUAACAAAAUAAUAGA